AUGAAGUGUGUUUUAGUAUACGGAUUUUGUCUUUUAUUUGCUCUUGCCGAAGGCGUGGAAGGUGUCCAUUUUUACGCUAAAUCUGGGGAGACCAAAUGUUUUUAUGAGCAUUUAUCGAAGGGGAACUUACUGAUCGGUGAUUUGGAUUUGUAUGCGGAAAAGAAUGGUUUGUUUGAAGAGGACUCGGAAGCCAGUAUAAGCAUAACCGUAGAUGAAUCGUUCGAUAAUGACCAUCGCGUCCUGAACCAGAAAAACUCACACACUGGGGAUUUCACUUUCACUGCCUUGGACACAGGGGAACAUAGAGUUUGCUUCACCCCAUCUUACAACAAGAAGUCCUCUCCAUUGAGAAUAUUCAUAGAACUGGAAAUUGGUAAUGUCGAAGCUCUCGACAGCAGAAGAAAGCAGGACAUGAAUUCACUCAAGGGAAGGGUGACGCAGCUGACUCAAAGGUUAUCUUCGAUUCGUAAGGAGCAAGACACUAUUAGAGGUAAGGAGGCGGAAUUCAGAAACCGGAGCGAAUCCGCCAAUAGCAAGAUAAUGUCGUGGUCUGCACUCCAGUUUCUCGUACUAGUGGGAACCUGCAUCUUCCAGCUGCGCUACCUUAAGAAUUUCUUCGUUAAACAGAAGGUUGUAUAG